AUGAAUGUGUCGUCUGAAUUCAUCUCUGUAGGCGGAAACCGUAACCCCGCGGCCGCUGAUUGGGACGAAGCUGGGUCGCAACUCCUAGCGUUCGGCGCAGACAACUGCAUCGCACUAUGGGACCCUCAGGAUGAAAGUCUUCAUGGCGUUCAGGCGAUUUUGAAUGGACAUACUAAGGCUGUCAACGCUGUCAGAUUCUUUCCUACACAAUUGCCCAAUACCUCGAUCCUACUUAGUGGAUCAGCAGACAGUACCAUUCGGAUAUGGCGAAGCCGAAGAGGUGAACCCUUCGAUUGCGUUAAGACAGUGUCCGAUCACACCCAGCCUGUUACUAGGAUAGCCGUUUUGCCUGGUUCAGACACUCUUGCUACAGGAUCUUCAGAUGGCAGCGUCAAAAUCUGGAAACUCGUUCACGAUGCAGACUUCAACGACAUCGAUAUCGAAAUCGUGCAGACCAUCACGCUUUCCCCUAAGUACUUCCCUCUAAAUCUAGCACUUGCAGUCCUGGACGACACAUCCGUGGUGCUAGCAGUUGCGGGCACUCGCGCUACCAUUCAGAUUUUCGUAUCGCAAGAAGGCCAAUUCCAGCUUUCAGCAACUCUAAGCGGACAUGAAGGAUGGAUACGCGCGCUUGCAUUCAUCCGAGAGACAUCCGAUCCCAACAGCGAUCUACUGCUAGCAUCAGCAAGCCAGGACAAGUAUGUCCGUCUUUGGCGACUUCAUCGUGGCAACGAGCUUCCCGCUGCUAGUAGUGCACUCAACGAUCCGGCUUUGGGUGGACUGGGUAAGGCGUUAUCGAACAAGGCACAUUGGAUAAGUUCAGCUAUGUCGAAGCACUCUAUCACAUUUGAAGCUUUGCUACUCGGGCAUGAAGAUUGGAUUUACCAGGCCUCGUGGCGACAUCGCGAAGGAAAGCUGCAGCUUCUCACUGCUUCCGAAGAUAACUCAGUUGCCAUCUGGGAGUCCGAUCCAAACUCUGGUGUAUGGGUCUGUAUCACUAGACUAGGCGAGAUCAGCGCACAGAAGGGCUCAACGAGUGCUACGGGAAGUGCGGGUGGAUUCUGGAUCGGUCUAUGGUCACCGAAUGGCAACACAGUGGUGUCUCUGGGACGAACAGGAAGCUGGAGGAAAUGGACUUACUCAUCCACAGAAGAUAUGUGGACACAGCAAGUAGCGAUCACAGGCCAUGUACGCGAGGUCAAAGGCGUAAGUUGGUCAAGAGACGGAUCUUAUAUGCUCUCCACUGGUUCCGAUCAAACGAGUCGGCUCUACUCGCAGUGGAAACGGGAAGGCGCGUCAGCUUCUUGGCACGAGUUCUCGCGACCCCAAAUCCAUGGCUACGAUCUAAACUGUGUUGAUGCCAUAUCCAACUCUCAAUUCGUUUCCGGUGCCGACGAAAAGUUGCUACGCAUUUUCGAUGAACCCAGAGGUGUGGCAGAUAUGCUUGAGAAGCUCUCUGGUAUCACGGCAUCAACCACCGCCGAACUCCCAGAUGCCGCCAACAUUCCUGUUCUCGGCCUCUCGAACAAAGCUAUUCAAGCUGUCGGGGAUGAUGAUCCGGUGGAGAACGGCGAUGAAGACGAGCGCGAAGCCGUUGACCCUGCUUCCGUAAUUCGCAAAUCUACACUGGAAUUCUCUCACCCGCCAUUCGAAGACCAUCUUGCCCGCCAUCUGCUAUGGCCGGAGACAGAGAAGCUCUACGGACACGGAUACGAAAUCUCCGCAGUUGCCGUAAGCCGAGACGGAAGUCUUGUCGCAACAGCUUGUAGAGCUAGUUCCAUCGACCACGCCGUUAUACGUUUGUACGACACGAAAGAAUGGCUAGAAGUAAAACCCGCACUCAAGGCACAUUCACUCACCGUCACCGCUCUGCAAUUCUCGCCGGACGACAAAUAUCUUCUUAGCGUUGGACGAGACCGACAAUGGGUGAUCUGGGAGCGCAGUGAUGAGCCAUCGCUGUACACGCUCAAGUACUCGAAUCCAAAGGGCCAUUCGCGUAUGAUACUAGGUGCUGCCUGGACGCCUCUCGAAGUACCCACAUUCAUGACUGCUGGAAGAGACAAAAGUGUCAAGAUAUGGCAGAUCGUUGACAAUGAUGUGCAACUCAAGGCUACGGUUCCAGCUAAUGCCGCCGUUACUGCUGUGUCAUGUAACAACGUGCUACCUAGUGGUAAGAUUAUGUUUGCCUAUGGUACGGAGAAUGGAGAGAUAGGCAUUGCGAACACCCCAUCAGAUGCUUUGGACAAGGUAGAAGUGUCUAUGGUCAAAGCAGAGUUGGUGCCCGCGAAGACUAUCAACCAGAUCGUCUGGCGGCCUGGAAGGGCCGAGGGCGAGCAACAGCAGAUUGCGGUAGCGAGUGAUGAUACCUCGUUGCGUGUCUUCAACGUCUCACAAGAGGUAUCGUAG